UUUUGAUUGAAGCCACCAACAUCAUGUCGUCUGCCAAGAAUGCCAAGCUGGACACGAAGCCCCAAGUGAUUGUCGUGCUGGAGAAUGCGGCGCUCGAGACCGUCAAGACCACACGCGGGUACCAGCUCCUCAACUGCGACGACCACAAGGGUAUCCACAAGAAGCACAACAAGGACCCGACGGCGUCGCGGCCUGACAUUUUGCACCAAGAACUCAUGGCGCUGCUCGACAGUCCGCUCAACAAAGCCGGUCAUCUCAAGGUGUUCAUUCGCAGCUCCAAAGGCGUGUUGAUACAAGUGAGCUCCCAGAUGCGCAUUCCCCGCACGUACAAGCGAUUCGCCGGGCUCAUGGUCCAAUUGCUGCAUGCGUUAAAGAUUCGAUCGUCCGACGGCAAGACCACAUUGUUGAAGGUCAUUCAGAACCCCGUGGACGCGCACUUCCCCCCCAACUGCAAGAAAUACGGCUGCUCGGUCACUGGCGACCUCGUGGACCCGUGGGAGUUUGCCACGGAGCUGCCCAAGGAGCCCGUCGUGUUUGUGCUCGGCGCCAUGGCCCACGGCCAUAUUACCAUGGAGAUGUGUCCUUACAUCGACGAAAUGCUGUCGCUCUCGGAAUACCCCAUGAGUGGCGCCCAAGCCAUCGGCCGCCUCCUCAACGCAUUCGAGCGCCAUUAUGGCAUUUUGUAAUCCUAUUGCCCAUUGCAGUC